AUGGGAGACGACGACCAAGACUGGGACUUGAAGGCGACAGCUGAAGUAGGCGAGCCGGAGAUGGCGUCCGGCGCAACAGGGAAAGAGACGGCCGCGUCAGCCUCGAAAGAGCCGCACCAUCUUAGCCCUGUUGACGACCUCAAGGCCCGCCUCUCCAUGUGGGGUGAGUCUUCCAAUGCCCGGCGCAAUGGUGAUGACGAUGAGGAAGAAGAUGAAGGAUCAGAGUACGAACCUUUCUUAGAUCCGAACAUGCCAGAAGAGGACCAGCACCGCCUCCGCACUUUCAGUACCCGCGGGUCGACGAGCUUCGACGACGACGAGGCCGGCCUCAAGCAGGCCGAGGCCGAGGAGGAGGACUCGCCUUACCCCGAAGUCCGUGCCGCCGUCCGCAACUACGACGAAGAGAUGCCCUGCAACACCAUCCGCGCCUGGACCAUCGGCCUGGCCCUGAUCUUCCUCGGUGCCUCCAUGAACACGCUGUUCUCGCUGCGGUCCCCCUCCAUUGGGCUCGGCGCCCUCAUCGCCCAGGUCAUUGCGUGGCCCCUCGGCCACGGCUGGGCAAAGGUCAUGCCCAACAAGCAGUUCACCACUUUUGGCAUCCGCUGGAACCUGAACCCGGGGCCGUUUAAUAUCAAGGAGCACUCCAUCAUUGUAGUCAUGGCCAGCGUCUCUUUCUCGGUCGCCUACGCCACCGACAUCAUUCUGGCCCAGGUGGUAUUCUAUAAGCAGGACUUUGGCAUCCCCUUCCAGCUGCUGCUCACAAUAUCGACACAGUCUCUGGGCUACGGCAUUGCGGGCAUGAUGAGGAAGUUUCUCGUGUACCCUGCUUCCAUGAUCUGGCCCGGUAAUCUUGUGUCUGUGACGCUAAUGAAUGCAAUGUACGAGAAAAUUGACAUCAAGGACCACGCCGUCAUCGGCGGCUCCAUGCCCCGGUACAGGUGGUUCGGCAUCAUCACCCUCUGCGCCUUCGUCUACUAUUUCAUCCCCGGCUUCCUCGCCCAGUUUCUGAGCUCGUUCGCGUUUCUGACGUGGCUCGCUCCGAACAACCCCGUGGUGAAUCAGCUAUUUGGCUACUCGACCGGCCUGUCUAUGCUUCCCAUUACGUUUGACUGGACCCAGAUCUCGGGGUUCGUUGGAUCUCCUCUGAUCCCGCCGUGGCAUGCAAUUGCGAACACCAUGAUUGGCGUUGUCGUCUUUUUCAUCUUUUUCUCCUCUGUACUUCACUAUAGCGGGACCUGGUAUGCUCAGUUCCUGCCAAUGAGCGACUCCAGCACCUACGACAAUACGGGAGGCAGAUACAACGUGUCUCGGAUCCUGACCCCCGAGUUCACGUUGAACGAAGAGGCUUACAAGAACUACUCGCCGCUGUUUCUCAGCACGACGUUUGCCAUGUCGUAUGGACUGUCAUUCGCCGCAAUCACGUCGCUUAUUGUCUACACGUACCUGCACCAUGGACAGACCAUCUGGCGGCAAUACAAGAACAGCACCACUGAAAAGCCAGACAUUCACAUGAAGCUAAUGAGGAAAUACAAAGAGGCGCCAACGUGGUGGUACAUGUCGCUUUUCACUGUCAUGCUCGGACUGGGUUUUGUCACCAUCCUCGGGUGGCCUACCAACUUGUCCUGGUGGGCGUUCCUGCUGGCCGUCUUCAUCUCGUUUUUCUUCUCGCUGCCGAUCGGCAUCAUCCAGGCCGUCACGAAUAACCAGAUUGGCCUGAAUGUCGUCACCGAGUUUGUGUACGGCUACAUCCAGCCCGGCAGGCCGCUGGCGCUAAUGAUCUUCAAAACAUUUGGAUAUAUCACCAUGGCCCAGGCGUUGAACUUUGUUUCGGAUCUCAAGUUUGGGCACUACAUGAAGAUUCCUCCACGGACCAUGUUCAUGUCACAGGUCGUCGCCACGACAUUCUCGUGUUUCAUCCAGAUCAUGGUCCUGAACUACGCCCUGAAGUCGAUCCCCGAGGUCUGCACGCCGACGCAGGCGGAGCACUUUACCUGCCCCGGAGGACGCGUCUUUUUCUCUGCCUCUGUCAUCUGGGGCCUCAUUGGCCCGGCGCGCAUGUUCUCGCCAGGCCAGAUCUACUCGGGGCUGUUCUUCUUCUUCAUCCUGGGGGCGAUCGUGCCCGUCAUCAUCUACUUCGCGGCUAAGAAGUGGCCCAAGUCGCCCAUCAAGUACCUGAUGGCGCCGCUGAUCUUUGGCGGCGCCGGGUCAAUCCCGCCCGCCACGCCGCUCAACUACCUCUCGUGGGGCAUCGUCGGCUACAUCUUCCAGUACCACAUCCGCAACCGCUACUUUGGCUGGUGGAGCCGGCUAAACUUUUUGACGUCGUCGGGCCUGGACCUGGGCCUGGCGCUCAGCACCCUGGUCAUCUUCUUCGCGUUUACCCUCAACAACGUCCAGCCGCCCGCGUGGUGGGGCAACGACGUCGUCACCACCACCAUGGACUACCAGGACACGGCCAUCCAGACUCUGGUGGCUGAGGGCCAGACGUUUGGGCCGACGUCGUGGUAG